AUGCCCCGGUACAGAGACUCUCCCGAGGACGAAGACAGCGUCGAUAGAAACGUCGAGGCGCCACCAACUCCAACAGAAAGCUGUACCUCCGAGGACCAUUUGCUCACCCCCGCCUACAUGACCCCGAAGCCAUGGACCAGGAAGAGGUCCUUCUUCAUGUGCGGUGCUGUGUGGCUUGCCAUGCUUCUUAUUUUUGUUCUCCUCAACCUGGUUCUAUUUGCAGCGCGAGAGGUCUGGGACAGCGCUCCCGAGGAAUUUGAAGAAGCAAGCGUUGUCGUUCCCAUUCCGUGCCACUCACAUAACGACUACUGGAGAAGAAGACCAGUGUUCUCUGCCCUUCAGGUGGGCUGCGUAGGGAUCGAGGCCGACGUCUGGCUCUAUGGCACUGAGUUGUUUGUCGGACACGACAGGUGGUCCCUUCGCGAGGAAAACACAUUUACCAGCCUCUACGUCGAUCCCUUGGCUCGGCUUCUUGAGGAACGAAACUUAGGUCACGAGAACUCCACGGACCAACGUCCCCGCGGUAUCUACGAGGCAAACCCGAACCAAACCCUCAUUUUACUUGUAGACCUCAAGACAAACGGUGCAGAAACAUGGCCAGAGGUGGUGCGCCAGCUCCAACCCCUGCGCGACAGAGGGUGGCUGAGCACCGUCAUUGAUGGCCAGGUCAACUAUGGCCCCAUCACAGUUGUAGGAACCGGUAACACUCCGUUCGAUAUGCUGGUCCAGAAUACCAUCUAUCGGGACUAUUUCUUUGACGCCCCCCUCACCAAACUCGAUACGAAAGACUUCAACCCGACAAACUCGUACUAUACCAGUGUCUCGUUCAAAAAAGCUGUCGGUAUCGUGUGGUUCGGCGACCUGUCGAAGAGCCAGAUCACGAAGUUGAGGGAACAGGUCAAGCAAGCCCAUGCCCGGGGCUUGAAAGUGCGGUACUGGGAUCUCCCUGCCUGGCCAAUCAGCAUCAGAAACCAUAUUUGGGGCAUCCUUAUUCGAGAAGGUGUGGAUAUAUUGAACGUUGAUGACCUCAAGGGCGCCAGAAGAGAGUGGGAUCUAAGAGGUUGGCCUACCCUCGGCGCGAACUCUUCGACGCCAGCUUGA